GCGGCUCUUGCGCCACUCGUGUAUUGGUCACUGUCGACCGUUCGUCCCCUCAGUCGCGGCGAACGUUCGCCAAACUCACGCUACGCCACGAGCGUACGUGCGACGUUGACGAAUUCGUUCGUCACACUCGCAAGUUUUUCCUUGUACGAAUAAGUGGAUUCGGUUUUACUUUCAUUUCACGGAAUAUCGGGCUUUCUUUUAAAAUGGACGAGCUUGCAGCAAGUUGACUAAGCGACAAUGCUUCCGAAAAGAGCUUGCGCGAUAUCGACGUCGGUUGUUUUUUCACUUAGUCAUUCUGCCGCGGGGCUUGUAAACUGUGCAGUGGAGCUUUAGUACUUUGCAAGUCCGGCUUGGCCAAUGUUUAACUUUGCGAUUUUGCAAUGAAAAAUAUUGCUGGUAAUCACUAGACGGCUCGCCAGGAUAAGCAUCACUUUGAAAGCGCAUAGCGCAUCGAAUCAAGUAGCUAGAUUCUAUAAUCAGUCGACGUCAAACAAGAAAAAAGUAGAUUCUCGAUCAUCACAAGUUUUUCAAAUAGCCAUAGAUGUACAUUGAUAUGAUGACAAGUAUUAGCCGAUGAGCAAGUGAUAAGUCCUAAAAACACAAUAAAAAAAGGAGAACCCUCGGAAGAAGAGGAAUCGGCGUGUCAUGAGAGAUGGUGAGAACAAGGUACGGAUGUAUGGCCGCGGACAUGGCUGAUAACAACAACGACGAUCUGAAGGUGAAAGAGGAUCUUGACAAUGCGGAAGCAGCGGCCACCGCAGCAGCGGUGGCAGCUUUGGCUUUGGACGCUGCCGAGGAUAAAUAUGGCGUGGAAGCUGAACUGACCAAUUUGACGUGGCUUCAGUCGUUAGAUAUCACGACUGCUUCGGGACUGCCCACGCCCCCGUGCUCGCCCACGCCCCCACCCCCACCGGCUUCACGGCCAACCCCCAGGCAGCAACCCAAGAAGAUGUCGCCUCUGCUCAAAGCUCAGCUUGACAUGGCAGAAAAUGCAGAUAAAUAUCUGAUGGAUCCGAACAUGAAGCCGCCUUAUUCUUAUGCGACGUUGAUCUGUUUGGCAAUGCGCGCAAAUAACAACAGGGUCACGCUGUCCAAUAUAUAUGCGUGGAUCAGAGAAACAUUCAUGUACUACAGAACGGCAGAUCCAGCUUGGCAGAAUUCAAUCCGACACAACUUAUCGUUGAACAAGUGUUUCGUAAAGUUGCCGCGUUCGAAGGAUGAGCCUGGUAAAGGUGGUUUCUGGAAAUUAGACUUGGAGCGACUAGAAGAAGGCCGACGUACGAGACGACGUAACAAUUCAUCGGCAUCGAGACAUUCGCGUCCAUUGCCAAUUCAACGCUUGUCCAUGGCCAAAGACACAACUGAUCAUGUCACCAGGAUUUUAGGAAAUAAUAAUGGACCUAAAUGCGUGGUGUUGUACGAGACGCCUCCCAGUAGCGUCUCGCCGCCUAUACCAGACACUUUGCCUGAGGUGCUUGAAUCUACACAGAUGAAUAUCAGCGAAGAAGACUUUACAGAUCUGUUGAUUGAAAGUGCAGCUUGGACCGAUGGCGUGCCAGACAUGCAUCAACUCGAACUCUUCAAUUCCGUUCUUGACAUGCUCUAAUCUCCUUUGACUUGGUCAUUUUUUACUCCAUUAUUAAACUUGAGCCGCGGUUUAUACGUUUUGGUAAUAAUUAUUUCCAAAUGUUAAUAUUUCACGCACUCCAUACAUAUGCUAUGGUCCAGUAAAUGAAAAUAGAAAAACUUGUAUCAUUGACUUUUUAGCAUUUGCGAUAGCUACAGACGAAUAAAAUUGCAUUUAAUUUUCAGUUUUUGUAUAUUUGUGCCAAUAUAAUAUUCAGUUUUAAAUAAAAUACUCUCAUUUUUCGGACAAUUAUCAACUGGAUAACUAUAUAUCACGUAUACAUUUCUAAUAUACAUAAUUAAGAUUUCACCAUACGAUCAGAUAUUGUUUUAUUCAUGUGCAAAUAAUUUUAUCGAAGCAACGCAAUGAUGAU